AUGAAAGCAUUUGUUUCCGGCGAUCCGCUCCAAAAUGCUGCGGACAUCAUCCAUCAACUUGAUCAACAGCAAGAGCAGAUAAAGGAACUUAGGGAACAGGAGAAAAAUCAUACUAUUGCUAUGCAGGUGAUGGCUUCGAAAAUCGAUAAGGACAAGAAGAGGCAAAGCGAUGCAGAAGCCAUGUUUGCGUCGCUACACAAAACUAUUGCGGACAAGGAGAAAUCACUCUCGGAGUCCUCGAAGAAGCUUGAUGUGGCUGUCAACGACUGCAAGAAGUUAAAGACAGAAAAGUCCCAAGAAGCGAUCAAGGCUAUGGACUUGUCUGCACGUAUCACAUCAUUACAGAAGGUCCUGAAAGAUAGGGAUGCCUCGAUAAAUGAAAUGGCCGCUUGUGAAUCAAACUUUAAUGAUCGCUUGGCUUCCGAGCAACAAAGGACCGCAGAACUGAAACAAGAAUGUGAAUCUCUGAAAGCUGCCAUGGAAGAAUCUCAAAACAGGCUAGAAAGGUUGGAGAGCUUCAGAGGCUCCUAUCAAGAAAUCAACGAGAAAGCCAUGAUCGAACAGUUUGUCAAACUUUGGGCUUUCGCCACAGAGGAGAUUUUCAAGCUCUUGAAACAAGGGACACUGAGUGAUAGAAGCUCAAGGGAAGCGUUUCGAAAGGGAAGCGCCCUAAUGAUGCCGCAUGCUGUGCCUUUGCCCUCGUCCGAUAGCAAGGCUGCCCAGGGAAUGCAGCUUGUCGUCAUCCUAGCGAUCUUGUCCCGGGAAAUUGACAAACAUGUAUUCCAACCAAAUUAUCUCGAUUCGGAUGACAAUCAAUUGCGAAGCAUACUCAGUCAGCUUGCCAAGACAGACGGCGAGAAAGAAGCCUUUUGUCGAGCUAUGCUACUUUCAAUCGCUGAGACAGCCCAACAGAAAUCCGUCAAAUCGAGGGCUUCACGUAUUUCUCGUGAUAUUACACAUUGUCUGUUUGGAUCACUCUCCGAUGAACAACAGACUGAGGUUCGACAAACCAUAUUUAUGAUUGUGAACAAAGCAAUCGAGGCUUGGAUGCCAUUUCAACACAGCCAUUCGAAAUAUGAACCAGACUUCGAACCUGAAUGCUGGGAUGAUCCUUGCUAG